UAAUAUUCCCGUACUUUCUCGAAACUGUAGUAAGAAACAAGAGAACGAGAUUGAGAGAGAAAAGGAAACAAGGAUCGAUUAAUCUUCGCGCGGAAUUCUUGAUCAGCAUUUCAUAUCAUGUCAACAUACUCAAAAAGAUCAAGGACUGCCCGCUCUACCUCACCACUGAAGGCCAAAAGAUUCGCUUCAAGGUCAAUUUCUAAUUCAAGGUCGAGGAGCAGAUCAAGGAGCCGUGAGUCAAGUGUUGAGAAUCCUGGAAAUAAUCUCUAUGUGACUGGAAUAUCUGCCUGGGUCACGAAGCGAGACAUUGAAAAGCAUUUCUCCAAAGAAGGGAAGGUUGAAGAUGUGCAUCUUGUGGCUGAUCCUUGCACAAGAGAGUCGAGAGGAUUUGGGUUUGUGACAAUGUCAACUCUCAAAGAGGCUGAUCGUUGUGUUAGGUACCUGAACCGAUCAGUGCUAGAUGGUCGGGCUAUUACAGUAGAGAAGUCUAGGAGACGUCGAGGUCGUACCCCUACGCCUGGAAGGUACCUAGGUCCACGAACAUCCCGAGGAUAUGGGCGAUCCUCUAGAUACUCUCGGAGACGUUCUCCUUCAUGUUCUUGGAGUGAACGAGAAAGGUCCUACUCACGAGAAAGGUCCUACUCACGAGAUAGGUCCUACUCACGAGAUAGGUCCUACUCGCCUUCAAGGAGGAGAUCCUACUCCCCCUAUUACAAUCAUUAUGGGAGGUGGUCCUAUUCAAGAUCCCCAUUGCCUUAUUGCAGCCCUUACUAUAGAAGUGGUCGUCGCUCUGUUUCUCACAGUUAUUCACCGAGUCCAAGGAGGAGGAGUUACUCUAGAAGCAUCACCCCUGAGCCAUAUAGGAGGAAUUCGAGGAGUUGUUCUCGUAGCAAGUCGAGGAAGGACUACUAUUACUCUCCUAGAUGUAGGACGGUUAGAUCUAAGAGGAGUGCGUCAAUUCCGUCAUAUUCCUCUAGGAGCUCUCGAUCUAGGUCCAAGAGGAGUGUGUCAAUUCAGUCAUAUUCCUCUAGGAGCUCUAGAUCUAGGUCCAAUUCUUGCUCGGGCUGAUUGAUUUGUGCAUUUAAGAUAAGAUAGAGUGGAGCUUAGUAGUUAGUAUUGGUUGUUU